AUGAAUCCAUUAAUGGAACUAUCCUUGAAUAGCAGUCAGUCAAAUAAAAAUCUUCCACUAAUAUUGGCCACCGUGUGGAUAAUAAGGGAAUAUUUCGCCACAUACACUGUGUCGGCGGUCAUUAUCGGUCAGUAUGCCAUUUCCGAUCAGGGUCGUCAGUUACAAAGUGACAUUAUGGAUGAAGUGUUAAGGACCAUAUCAAAUCCUGAGGUCAUUAUCAAAUAUCUGGUGGAGGGAGAAAUGUAUCCCCAGGAUGAUUCGGAGGCAACAAUGAGUGCCGCCGAAAUCAGGGAGAAGUUCUUUAGAUAUUACUCAAACCCUGAGAAGUCCAUAUGGUUUUUGGAUAGCAUACAGGCGUAUAACAAAUUUGAAGCAAAUCUUUUGAAUCCCAAUCACCGCUACCACCGCAAUGGCUACUUCAUUAUCGUCUAUACGGGCAGUGAGGCCACCCGUUUGGCGAAUAUCAAAGAAAUUUUCCAGCGCCUUUUUUGGAUUUAUGUCACCAAUGUCAAUGUCCUGAUGAUGGUGGGUAAACAUGCCUUCGUCUAUACCUAUUAUCCUUUCGCCCCGGAUAAAUGUCACUCAUCCCAACCGGAAUAUCUAAUGUCUUUCUAUGACAUUGAGAAAAAGCCUAACUUUACCACAGCCAUCAAACUCUUCCCCAGCAAGGUAAAAAAUAUGCAUCGUUGUAAACUGUCUGUGGCCACAUGGAAUUUUCCUCCGUAUAUUUUCUUGAACGAUGAUGAAAAGGAGAUGGAAUUGACAUUUUUGCGUGGCAUCGAGGGGUUUGUAAUAACUUUGCUUGCGGAACGUAUGAAUUUCUCAAUUGAAAUUAAACAACCAAAUCCGAUUGGAAGGGGUGUAAUUUAUCCGAAUGGAACUUCGACGCUGGCAGCUAAAAUGAUUCUAGAUCGAGAAGUCAACAUCACGAUAUCCGCCUAUACACAUAAUGCUCAACGUGCGGACAUAAUGUUGGCCAGCACCAGUUACCUAACAUCGACUUUCGUUCUAGCGAUACCAGAUGGUCAACCACUCUCACCUUUUGAACGUCUGAUCAAACCAUUUCGUUACAUUAUCUGGUCCUGCUUCAGUUCAAGUUUUCUCUUCGCGAUACUACUGAUUUAUUUCAUUAGACUUUUGGGUAGAUCCGAUUUAAUGGAUUUUAUUUAUGGACAGGAUAAUCGUAAACCGAUCACAAAUCUCAUUGCUGCCCUCUUCGGCGUGGGAUUGGUGAAUAAACUACCAUAUAGGAAUUUUGCCCGCUAUCUCCUAACCGUGUGGAUGCUCUACACCUUUGUUCUGCGAUCGGCAUAUUCUGGAGAACUGUUUAAAAUCCUACAAGAUGGCAGUUCGCGAAAUGUUAUGAGCAGCAUAGAAGAAGUCGUGGUCAAUAACUAUACCAUCUAUGCUUUUGCAACACUGGAAAAAGUCAUCAAAGAAUCCGUGCCUGAGGCCAAGGUAGAAAUGGUUAACACCACCGAAGAGGAGCUAUUGCUCCGAAUCAGCAGAGGAAGUGCGGAUGAUAAAAUUGUGCUAUGUUCACUCGAUCUCACCAUUCAAUAUUUUAAUCAACUACAUCCGCAUGCCAGAGUGCGUAUCCUGCGAGAACCCGUAUUGACAGCACCGCUCAUAUUCUAUAUGCCUCGCCAUAGUUAUAUCAAGCUGAGGACAGGCAACCUGAUAUUGGAUUUAAUACAAUCUGGUCUAAUGAAGCGUUACCGACGAAUGAUUCUUUACUCAUCGACAAAAAUUCAGCAGGAUCAUGUGGAACCCACAAAAUUGUCAAUACAUUUAUUAUUCGGAGUAUUUUGUACCUAUGGUGCCGGUUUAGUUUUUAGUACGAUUGUCUUCGGCUUGGAGAUGAUUUCGAAAAGAUGUCGUUCGUUGGCGGUAAUUAUUGAUUUUUUAAAUAUGUAG